UGCCCCAUCGUCGGGGGGUGUCCCCAGUCGGUGUCAGGGGGGUGGGGUCGGUGGAAUAGUGCCCCAUCGUCGGUGUCAGUGGGGGGGUGGAAUAGUGCCCCAUCGUCGGUGUCAGUGGGGGGGGGAAUAGUGCCCCAUCGUCGGUGUCAGUGGGGGGGGGGGAAUAGUGCCCCAUCGUUGGUGUCAGUGGGGGGGGGGAGGAAUAGUGCCCCAUCGUUGGUGUCAGUGGGGGUGGAAUAGUGCCCCAUCAUUGGUGUCAGUGGGGGGGGGGGGGGAAUAG